CAUCUAGACCGUACCAUACUGUGUUGUCCUAGCGUCGGGCAUGGGGCUAGUGGGCUCCAAGUAUGCUAUCUUACAACCAUGUGAUCACAUGCUGUCGGGGCUAAACUUAGUUCCUUGGGCUUCAGAUUUCACAGUACCGUCAGUGCCACACUAACUCAGUCCUUCACUGGAUUUAACUCAGAGCCUUUUGCUUUGUGGACGUCAGAAGAGGGUUUGAGACAGGAACCUCUUCUCCACAGGAGUGACUCUGAGAUGAACCAUCAGGGCUGUGACCGCACCCCCCAACCAGGAUGCUGAGAACACAUCAGUCCAGAUGUCGGGAUUUUCCGUGCGUCGCGGAUCUGUGGGCUCAAUCAAGGCUCUGUGGGAGGGGAGGAUCCUAAAGAACCAAGAGGAGGUUCAGAGACCAAAGCCUAAGGACCAAGACGGCCUGAAUAGACUGAGUGACGUUUGGGAGAAUCGCAUCGUUUUGGCCAAACUGAAAGAGAAGUUGGUCAACGAGGACGGACGUCUCAUCUUCAGGCUGGAGAAAGAAGAAUGGAAGACUUUACCUCAAGCAUUAGUACAUCUCACUCAAGUUCAGGAAUGGCAGAUCCACAGAACAGGACUGCAGAGCAUUCCUAAUUUCAUCUGCAGAUUUGAACAUGUGGUUGUGCUUGACCUGUCCCGCAAUGCCAUCAACGUGAUUCCAAGAGAGAUUGGCUUGUUCUAUCUACAUCCAGGUGAGAUGAGGCGCUUACGCGAGUUGCUGCUAAGUUACAACCAACUAAAAGACAUUCCUGAGGAACUUGGUCGUUGUGAAAAUCUGGAGAGACUGGAGUUGGCGAUGAAUGGAAACCUCAGUGAUUUGCCCUCCGAGCUCAGCCAACUAAAGAAGCUCUGCUACCUGGACCUGUCCAUGAACCGCUUCCUGAGCCUCCCCGAGUGCGUGGUGGGCCUGGCCGGGCUGCAGUGGCUGGACAUGGGAGGGAACCACCUGCAGGGUUUACCUGCAGAUAUCCACAGAAUGGGGAACCUUCACACCCUGUGGCUGCAGAGGAAUGAACUGAAAGAGCUCCCUGAGAAUCUGAGUCUCCUGCAGAGUCUGGAGACGCUGGUCCUCAGCAACAACAGACUGAGAGACAUCCCUGCCCAGAUGGAAGGAAUGGCAAACCUGAGAUUUGUGAACUUUCGGGACAAUCCCCUCACAUUGGAUGUGGUGCUCUUUAACAAGACCCAGCAAGAGGAGGGAGAAGACGAAGACAGAGAGAUGUUUGGGCGUGAAUUCAUGCACAUGUACAUCCAGGAAGCCCGCAGGAGAGACAUGAUGUCGUCAACGUGACUCUAAAGCCAGUAUCCCAAUGUUACCUUCACUUAAGACGUAUUCGUGCUCCGGUUUACGUCAGUAGUUUACGGAUAGCUUUGAUGUUCUAAUAAAAUUAAAAAGUAGAAUGAAUAUGGAUAAUAAAAUAACAGUUCUCUAUUAAAAUGUUAUAUUAUUAUGGUAUCAAACUGAAAGCUAACAGGAAUACCAUAGCAAGAAGAUUAUCAACCUUCUCCUUUGCUGAAUUGCUUUUGUCAAUUAAGUUACAAAGAAAUCGUUUAUACCAG